AUGAAGCCUCUAUUCCUCGUUCUCCCUCUAUUAAUCCAUAUCUCCACCCAACGGAAGGUGGAGAAUCCUGACUUCAAGCCGAAUUGCCUUGUCGGCGGUCCCGAUAUCUACGAUCCAACCGCUUCCGAGGCGGUCCCAUGGUUCGACGUGAAUCUCGACCUACCGCCACGUCAACGAUUUCAGCAAAUCGCGAAAGCCUAUAAAAACGAAAUCAAAGAGGUUUUCGAUGUCUUGAAUUAUUUUUUCACUAUAAUUCCCGGAAUUAAUGCGUGGGACCUUCUCGGUAACAUCACGGCGAAGGCGUUCGAUAAAGGGAUGAUCAUGAACCCAUAUAAAGACGAGAUCCUCGGAAUGGAAGAGGUUCUCGAGCUGAACGUUGGCAAUUUGGUGUUUUUGAACAUUUUCUAUGAAAUGUCACGAUUUUGCACGUCGAUCAUCGCCCAAACCGCUGAUAACAAGGAUUUAUAUCAUGCCAGAAAUUUGGACUUUGGCCAGUUGUUCGUCUGGGAUGUCAAUGCUCAAUCAUGGGCGCUGACAGAAGCGCUGAAAAAGGUCACAAUCAACAUCAACUUCUACAAAGGCGGCAAGCUUCUAUUCAAAGGUUCCACAUUGGCGGGACAUGUCGGCGUUUUGACGGCCAUGAAACCGCACCAUUUCUCGCUGUCGAUGAACGCCAAAGUGCAACCGGAUUUGUUGAAUGUCGCCAGAUGGUAUAUGGGAUAUUACGAGAAUACCGAUCUUCAAUUUGUCAUGUACUUCGAGAGAUGGCUGUUCGAGAAUUGCGAUACCUUUGAGUGCGCUCGCGAGCACAUCGCCAACGUGAAGCUUCUCACCGGCGCCUACUUCAUUCUCGGCGGCGCCAAUCCCGGCGAGGGCAGCGUUCUCGUCCGCAACACCACCGACGUUCAGUUCGAGCGUAAACUGUUCACCGGCGAUGACGACUGGUUCCUGUUGCAGACGAACUACGAUCCCGACAAGGACCCAUUGUUCAUCGACAAUCGUCGAGACCCGGGAAACGCGUGCAUGAAAAAACUCGGCCGCUCCAACAUCUCAAUGAAGGGCAUUUUCACAGUGCUCUCAUCGAAGCCAACGCUCAACAAGACUACAGUACACACCGUCAUCAUGUCUGUCACCAAAGGCUACUUCGAGACCUUCAUUCAAAAGUGUCCCAAUCCGUGCUGGGCGUUCUAG